AUUUAAAGGGGCUGAGCUGGCUGUCAGUUCUAGCUCUUGGUUUCCCUUGAGCUAGCCAAAAGAUGUCUACCAUGGUUUACCCACGGGAAGAGAAGCUGGAGAAGUUGUCUCAGGAGGAGAUCAUUUCCAAUACUAAGUUGGUGAUCCAAGGCCUGGAGGCCCUGAAGAAUGAACAUAACUCCAUUCUCCACAGCCUGCUGGAGACCAUUAAGUGCCUUAAGAAAGAUGAGGAGGCCAAUUUGGUUCAUGAAAAGUCUAACCUGCUGCGCAAGUCGGUGGAGAUGAUAGAACUGGGCCUGGGGGAGGCACAGGUAAUGAUGGCCCUGUCCAACCACCUGAACGCAGUAGAGUCAGAGAAGCAAAAGUUGCGUGCCCAGGUGAGGAGGCUGUGCCAGGAGAACCAGUGGCUGAGGGAUGAGCUAGCCAACACCCAGCAGAAGCUGCAGAAGAGUGAACAGAGUGUGGCCCAGUUGGAGGAGGAGAAGAAGCACCUGGAGUUCAUGAACCAGCUCAAGAAAUACGAUGAGGACGUUUCGCCCACUCAGGAGGAGAAGGAUGGAGAAACCCCGAAGGACUCUUUGGAUGAUCUCUUCCCCAAUGAUGAGGAGGAGCAUGGUCAAGGCAUGCAGCAUCAGCACAACAGUGCAGCCGUGGCAGCAGCCCAGCAGGGAGGCUAUGAGAUUCCGGCCCGCCUGAGGACCCUGCACAACCUGGUGAUCCAGUAUGCCUCCCAGGGCAGGUAUGAGGUGGCUGUGCCACUCUGCAAGCAAGCCCUGGAAGACUUGGAGAAGACCUCUGGACAUGACCACCCCGACGUGGCCACCAUGCUCAACAUCCUGGCCCUUGUCUAUAGGGAUCAGAACAAAUAUAAAGAGGCUGCCCAUUUGCUCAACGAUGCCCUGUCCAUCCGUGAGAAAACCCUAGGCAAAGACCACCCUGCUGUUGCCGCCACAUUGAACAACCUGGCCGUGUUAUAUGGGAAGAGGGGGAAGUACAAGGAGGCUGAGCCUCUGUGUAAGAGGGCCCUGGAGAUCAGAGAAAAGGUCCUGGGGAAGGACCACCCAGAUGUGGCCAAGCAGCUGAACAACCUUGCUUUGCUGUGUCAGAACCAGGGCAAGUAUGAGGAGGUGGAGUACUAUUAUUGUCGUGCCCUUGAGAUCUAUGAAAGCAGGCUGGGACCCGACGACCCCAAUGUGGCCAAGACCAAGAACAACCUGGCUUCCUGCUUUUUGAAACAGGGGAAAUACAAGGAGGCUGAGAUUCUGUACAAAGAGAUUCUGACCCGGGCCCAUGAGAAAGAAUUUGGAUCAGUGGAUGCUGAAAACAAGCCUAUCUGGAUGCAUGCAGAGGAAAGGGAGGAGAUGAGCAAGGGCAAGCACAGAGAUAACACUCCGUAUGGGGAAUAUGGAGGCUGGUACAAGGCCUGCAAAGUCAACAGCCCCACAGUGAACACCACUCUGAGAAACCUGGGAGCCCUGUAUCGCAGACAGGGCAAGCUAGAGGCCGCUGAGACCCUGGAGGAGUGUGCCACAAGGUCUCGCAAGCAGGGCAUCGACCCUAUCCACCAGACUCGCGUGGUGGAGAUCCUGAAGGAUGGGGAUGGCGACAGGCGGAGGAGCAGGGACAGCCUGUCUAGCGUUAAGUACGAGAGUGGUUCCGAGACUGGCGAGGAAGUGAGUAUGGGCGUGGAGUGGAACGGGGAUGGCAGUGGUGCUCUCCAGCGCAGUGGCUCCCUAGGAAAGCUGAGGGACGUCUUUCGCCGUAGCAGUGAACUGCUGGUAAAGAAACUUCAGGGCAACGGACCCCCUGAACCCCGCAGCACCAACAUGAAGAGAGCUUCCUCCUUAAAUUACCUGAACAAGACCAGCGAUGACCCGUUCCAGACUCGGGGGGGCAGUGGGUUCAGGGAGAGCCGAGGCCUGAGCUCCAGCACCAUGGAUCUGUACAGUGGAAACUGAGUACCGGGCAGGCAGACACAUUCCCGGAGCAUUCAGCAAGCAUAACCACUGCCACAAAGGUUCGCACACUCCUUGAGCGUGUUUCUCUUUGCCAUUAUGGCAACCACAGACAGUACCAGACCACCUCGACCCCAGAGAAACACACCUGUUCUGAUUUGCCCUUGGGGCUAGUGACCCAAAGACUUAGGUUCUGACCCAAAGACACUUUCAGUCUUCCCCAGCUAUCAGGAUAUUACAUUGUUUUUUUUGUUUUUUUUAUUUCAGUUUGUUAUUUUGUAUUUAGUAGAUUCUUUUUUCUUUCUUUUUUUUAGAAUUCCCACUCAUUUUAGAUAUUGUAUUUCCCUGACCACAGUCUUUAUAAAAAAGGACUGUGCUGAAGAAAAGCUCUCUUGGUGCCUCCUUAAAAAUACACCCAAGAAUCAACAUACCUCAUUGUUUCCCCACCAUUUAAAAUCACUGUGGCUGUGCUUUUAACCAUGGAAAUUGUUGCCAUUACUGUUCAGGUAUGUGUCCUCUUUUGUUGUGUUAUUGUGGUUGAAAUGUUCUUAAUUCUAAAAUCUCCUUUAGAUUUUUGUCUUCCUGUGCCAUUCAUUGUUUUAAUUGUACUGGAUUAUGUUUUUUUUUUUUUACAUAUAGGUAAAAUACUGUAAAUAUUUUUGUUUUAAUGUCCCCUAAAUACAUUAAAAAAGAAAAAGAAAAUAUAGCCGCAUGCGGCGAUUCCGGGGUUCAAGCCAACCUAGAGCGUUAGAAGUUGAAAGCUUCAACAUCUUAAUUAAGAAUAUCCACCACGUUUGGUGAUGUUUGGACAAGCUUUUAUUGAUUUAUGGCCAAAUUUGCGCCAGGCCGAUGCACCUAUUUGGAACUAGUGGCGCCCCCUAUUGAGUGAUUUCAAGAUAGUUUUAUACACGUGGUUCAACACUGGUAUAAAACAUGCUUCGAGUCAAAGAAAGAAAGUUGAAUCAGUUCAUCUGGACACAAUGUUUAUUGAGAGAAAUGUUUCAUCACUCAUCUAAAUGACCUCUGAGGUCACUUAGAUUUUGAUUUUCUUACCUGGAUUAUUGAGCCCUGCAUAAAGAUAUAUCUUUCGAGUUUUGUCAUGAUUGGACAAAUGGUCUGAUUUGUGUUAUGCCACGCCCAUUUUUUUGCUUUUUGUAGCGCCCCCAUAUUGAUUGAGUUGAAAGAAACUUUCAGGGUAUAUUUCAGGUACUUACGUGGACAUAUCCUGCAAGUUUUGUGAUGAUUGGCCCAACGGUUGUUGAUUCUGGUCUAUUUAUGUGCUGAGCCACACCCUUUUGAAGCUCCUUGGUCAAUAGCUUGAAAAGUAAACAAGAUAUCAACAAGCUUUAUACAACUUUUGAUAAGCUUGGUCCAGUAAUGAUCCACAGACAAUUUGGUAGCAAUUAUACCUACAGUUUAGGAGGAGAUGUCAAAAAUGUGUUAUUCAAAAACUUCAAAAUGGUGAAAAAAUCUGGUCAGGCGGACUUUAGUGGUUCUUGAGGCAAAUUUGUAGAAUGAGGAAGUUUCGUGUAAAUCGGGAUUUAGUUGUGACUUUUCAAUGUUCCAAAUCUUGACCUUUAAUUAUAGCGCCCCCAUCAGGUCGAUUGCGGUCAUAUUUCUCAGGCAGCACUUGCACACAACUUUCAAUGUGCAAAAUCUCGUCUCUAUUAUUUACUAUCUCAUGGGAAUUUGCGUAAACAAUUUCUGAAGAAUAAAAAAUAAACCAGCACAAACACAAUGGGGUUUAAGCCCUUCAUGCUUGAACCCUAAUGAGAUGCCAUUAACAUGACUUGUGAUAACACUUCAAAAAGUUAUUUCCCUUAAACAAACACUUGCCAACUGAGAUUUUUUUUCUCUUUAUUUUAAAGAAACAAGGUGUUGUAUAAAACUUUUGGAAAUGUCCAUCCUUCUGUUUUUAAGAGAUAUGAUUUAAAAGAGUUUUUUUUUUCAUAAAACUUUAUAUAUUGUUGGGAAUGGAUUUGAAAUUCAGCUGCUAUUGUGACCGCUCCAUCUUAGAGAUUCAAAUGCACACAGUGCACGUGCCAUCGCUGUCAAUAUAUAACGGGUUCACUUAUGCAAUGAAAAAAAAUAGCAAGCUGAUGUUGCCGUGGAUCAGUGUACUGGUGUCUGAGAGUCAACAAGACAAAAACAGUGACACUAGGAAAUGUUCCAUUCCAUUAUCCAAACACUUACCCUGCUCUCAGUGUCGUGGGAUGCUGGAGUCUAUCCCAGCAGUCAUUGGUCGGCAGGCGGGGAGACACCCUGGACAGGCCGCCAGGCUAUCACAGGGCCGACACACACAUUCACACCUAGGGUCAAUUUAGUACGGCCGAUUCACCAGACCUACUACCCCAGGGCUCGAACCCAGGACCUACUUGCUGUGAGGCGACCACGCUAACCACUGUGCCACUGUGCCGCCCCUUAUGAAUUGUAGCUAUCAUGCUUUGACUGGAAUACCAAAGUCCAAAGAAUCAUAAUUUUCUGCGUAUCAGAGUCCUGGAAGUUAUAAUUCAGGGAUGGAGGCAGAUUAUUAUAGGGAUGGCCAAGAUUUAUCAUUCCAUUUUAAUCAAGUGGUAUAAGAUGGAUAUAAAAAGUCAUUUGUAUCUUCAACUUAGUUUGUAAUCAGUCAAUACAUUGUUACCCAUGAGGAGGUCUGGUGGUCCUGAAGUAGAUACAAGCACAGCUGGUUCAUUGCCAUUUCAGGAAUCAGGAACAUGUGUAAUUUCAUUCCAUGCACCUGCGCACAUGAAAUGAAAUGAAAUAUCAUUUCCCCCAGCCCACAGCAGUGUAACACACACACAAAAAGAAAAAAAAGUAUGUAUUAUUUUAAGAUUACAUCCAGUGUCCCCCUUUCAUGUCUUUGGGUCAUCAUCCAAAGUGACAGUUCGUAUGCUGUUUAAGUCACCAAUCCAAUGUGACCCUUUGUGCUAAAAGUCACCAUAGCAUGUAAAAAGAGGUGCUGUGUAGGAGGCUGACCUGUAGUGACAGGGCAUAGCUGUAGAUGGAGACAAAAAUGGAAUGUAUCAACACUAAGUUUUGGAUUUUUAUUUAGUUUUUAAUUACAAACUAAGUUGAAGACUAGGGAAUGUACUGCAUGAAAAAAAAGUUGUACUAUUGAAAUCAUAAAACACAGAGGAGCUGAACUAGGUUACAGAAUUUGUCCUGGUCUUGAUGAAUUUCCAACCCAAUACAUUUUCUGGUGCCAUGCAAGGCUCAGCCAAAGGCUUUCAAAGUACAUAGAGCGCUUAGGCUCCUCCCAUCCGGGGCUUCAUUUUAAUUCAGCCCACUCUACGCUUAGUUGCCAACAGAGGGCGCUGCAUCUUGACAUGCUGUUUACAGUAGAUGGGGGUUGGAUGAUAUAUUGUAAGUGAAAAUUUUGCACAGCUUUUUAGAUGGGUCUCUAUCUUUGAUCGCAUGUUUUUUGUUUUAAUCUUAAGAAACUACACAAAAUACAUGAAAUUUAGAAUUAUUCUUGAUCUUGUUUUGUGUAUUUGUUGGUGUUUUUUCUUCCAAUACUUGGACAAAAUAAGAUCUGAUCAUAAGUUUGAAAAUCUUACAACUUCAAAUCGAGGAUUUGGGGCCAGAAUUUAAGUGAAUUUUUUUGUUUUUAUUUGUUUUGGAAUUAGUUAUAAGUGGAAAUAAAUCAGUAGACUGCAUUUAUUUGGGUCUGGUUUUGCAUCAGCUUUGCAAGUUCUACAUUGUGUAGUAAAUGUAAAGUAAAUAUACACUCUCCAAUCAUUGUUCCAAAAUAAAACCUGCAAUUUUC